AUGCGGCAGAUCGAAAUCCGAUUCAUCAUCAUCUUCUUCUCCGCCUUGAUCGCUCUUAUCAUCGAUGAUCAGUUGAAAUCCAUUGAUGAGCAGCCUUGUCAUGAUGAUAUGGAACUCGCGGUAGUUGAAUUCAAUCAAGUUCUCAUGCAGGAACCGAAGAAAGAGGAAUGUGAUGAUCUAAAUAAGGCUGAGGCCGUGAGGCCGUGGAUGACGAAAGAGCUUACCGUAAGAUUUGGGACGACGAGUAAGCCGGGGUCUGGUGGUAGCAGAAGACAGGCGAAGAAAGGGGUUGCAUUUCAUGAACCCUUGAAGGUUAACAAGACGAUGAUUCGAGAGAAUGGUGAAGAACGGUGUGAAGAGGAGCUUAGAUACGCGAUUACAAGUGGCUCAGGCGGCGGUGAUAGUGCUCGGAGCAAAGUCAAGGAAACUCUACGUCUUUUCUAUGGAACUUGUCGAAAACUCUUGCAGGAGGAAGAAGCAAAGCCUAUGAAGACUAAGCGCUUCAGAGUCGAUUUCGAGGCUAUUAAUAUUCUCAAAAGCAAAGGGAGAUAUCCCAGCGCCGGAGCUAAUCAGAUUAUGGGAACUGUUCCUGGUGUUGAGGUUGGAGACGAGUUUCAGUAUAGGAUGGAGCUGAACAUGCUCGGCAUACACAGACCGAGCCAAGGCGGUAUCGACUAUAUGAAGAUCGGCAGCGACAUCUUAGCCACGAGCAUUGUAGCCUCCGGAGGGUACGACGACGUGCUUGAUAACUCCGAUGUCUUGACCUACACAGGUCAAGGCGGAAACGCGAUGAUGAAACCAAAGAGAGGAGAGCAAGUAAAAGGUCCCGAAGACCAAAAGCUUGUUACGGGAAACUUGGCUUUAGCAAACAGUAUAAACAAGAAGAACCCUGUGCGUGUCAUAAGGGGCAACAAGAAGGCGGUUUUGGAGUCGUCAUCAUCAGGUGCAAGCAAAGGUGGGAACUAUGUCUACGACGGGUUAUACGUUGUGGAAGAGUAUUGGCAAGAAACCGGAUCACACGGUAAGCUCGUCUUCAAGUAUAAACUCAAACGGAUUCCGGGACAGCCCGAGCUAUUGUGGAAAGUGGUGAAGCAAACGAAGAAGUCGGAGAACCGUGAAGGCUUGACAUCUCAGAAGGGCGCGGUGAACGAAAUCGACGACGAGGAGCCUCCUCCGUUCAUCUACACGGCUAAGAUGAUUUACCCGAAGUGGCUCACGCGGAUCCCUCCAAAGGGAUGCGGCUGCACAAAGCGAUGCACGGAGAGUAGAAACUGCGCCUGCGUGGCGAAAAACGGAGGAGAGAUACCUUACAACUACGAUGGGAACAUAGUUUAUCCAAAGAGCUUGAUCUACGAGUGUGGCCCUCUCUGCAAAUGCCCUCCUGCUUGCUACCUGAGAGUCACGCAGCGAGGGAUCAGGUUCAAGCUCGAGAUCUUCAAAACAGAGUCGAGAGGCUGGGGAGUGAGGUCUCUCAGCUCGAUACCUUCGGGUAGCUUCAUAUGCGAGUACGUCGGCGAGCUUUUGGAGGAUAAAGAAGCUGAGAGAAGAACAGGGAACGACGAGUAUCUCUUUGACAUUGGGAACAAAUACGACAACACUUUAGCUGAAGGGAUGUCGAAGCUAAUGCCAGGGAUGGAGAAAGAGAAAGAAGAAGAAGAUGGUGGCGAUGGUGGUGAGACGACGGGGUUCACCGUAGACGCCGCGAAGAAAGGGAACAUCGGGAGGUUUAUAAACCACAGCUGCUCGCCGAAUCUGUAUGCACAGAACGUGUUGUAUGAUCAUGAAGACAAGAGGAUCCCUCACGUGAUGCUGUUUGCGAUGGACAAUAUACCUCCGCUUCAAGAACUCACUUACCAUUACAAUUACAUGAUCGACCAGGUGCGCGAUGUUAACGGUAAUAUCAAGAAGAAGAUUUGCUAUUGUGGUUCUUCUGAGUGUACCGUAUUGGCGAUGACAGGAACAGAUCUAUUUUACCUGAACGAUAUCGACAAGAGGAGAAGGAACAUCGCCAAAUUUGUGAAUCGCAACUGUAGAGAUAGCCAUUGA